AGACUUGUGAAAGGUGAACACAGCACAAAAACCACUCAAUCAACAGCCAUUCAAAUCAAAAUAAUGGACACAUAAGCAGUCAGGCCUGGCUUUCUAUCAUGUUCAAUGUCUAACAUGUAUCUACUGGCAUACAGCAGACGCUCGACUAAACCCGAUCAACCACUUUCUAUCAUCUGGCGCGGGCAGGUAAACGAAUCGGUCUACGAAGAGGCUCGCGUCAAAAGAAUUUUCAAUUGUCAACGGCCCACCAGAUAUCCUCAAGCAAUUAUAUUUGCUAAAACUGAGUCCGACAUUAUCAAUGCUGUAAACUUAGCGAUUGAUCAAAAAUAUUCAAUUUCCAUUCGUGCCGGUGGGCACAGUUGGCCAGUAUGGAGUCUUCGUGAUGAUACCAUUCUGAUGGACCUCGGCUGUCUCUCAGAUAUUAGCCUCGAUGAAGAGACUGGUGUGGUUAGAGUAUCACCCAGCACGACGGGAAAAGAAUUAUCUGAUUAUCUGCACGCCAAAGGCCGCACCUUCCCAGUGGGACACUGCCCGGAUGUUGGACUCGGGGGUUACUUACUCUGUGGUGGCAUGGGAUGGAAUUCGAAUAACUGGGGCUGGGCAUGCGAGUAUGUCGUUGCUGUCGAUGUAGUGACAAGCACCGGUGAAAUUGUUCAUGCGGAUGUUGAGCAAAACAACGAUCUCUUUUGGGCAACUCGGGGCUCCGGUCCAGGCUUUCCAGGAAUAGUAACCCGUUUUCACCUCCAGUCCAGGUUGUUACCGAAAAUCAUGAAAUCUUCAUUAUAUAUUUAUACUAUGAAGCACUACCAACCUGUAUUCGACUGGGCCUUGAAGAUUCCUUCGGGCAUCGAUGAGGGACUGGAAAUUGCCGUCAUUGGUAGUUACCCGCCUGAGUUUAAUGAACCAUGCAUAACAGUCGCCCUUUUAGCCCUCGGUGACAGUGAUGAAAGCGUCAUAAAAGUGUUACGCCGUGCGGAUGAGUCGCACCCGGAUGGGGCAGUAACCCGCUCCUUUUGCGGUAACACUAGCUUCAACGAGCAAUUCAGGCACAAAGCCAAGGUUUACCCCGAAAAGCACAGGUAUUGCGCUGAUAAUUCAUUCUUGCAUAACGAUGUGGACGUUCCGUCCAUCCUUGAAAAGGCCUUCUCGACGUUACCCACGAGGAAGUCAUUAGUCCUCUAUAACUCCUUGAUUCCUACAAGCCGCCGGGACUUGCCGCCAAUGGCAUUAAGCGUGCAGUCGGAUCAUUAUUUCGCGCUCUACGGGAUAUGGGAAGACGCUAAAGAUGAUGUGCACAAUCAAGCAUGGGUAUCAAAUAUCAUGGAGGAGGUUGGUCGACACUCAACCGGUGCGUAUAUUGGCGAGUUUGACUUUCUCAAAAGGCAAUCAAGAUUGUGGGGAUUCCAAGAAAAAGAGAAGUUGAAAGCCAUUAGACAGAAAUGGGACCCGAAUGGCGUUUUCUGCAGUUAUCUAGGCCUGGAACUUGGUCUAUAACACGACUUCAAGUAGAGAUCAACUUCACUUACAACGUACAUUUGGCAAUUACACGCAACUGAGGAUUCCUUAUCACAAAUGAUGGAGUGUAUAGCUACAUCGUGCAACGUUGCCGAAGAAUCUGCUCGUUGUUUGCAUAACUGAACCACGUAUACAAUGCAUACGAUC